UCGGCCGGCACGCGCUGCAGAGGUCAUAUAUAGCUAUCAACUCGACGCUGGCUGGGACUGCGCAGCGGGACAUUCAUAGCUGCGGAGGCUGUCCUCGAGCGCGGACGACCGCUGCACGAAGGCUAAGGGAGCUUUAGACAAAGUAGUCUUCCAGUGGAUUCACGCCGCCGAGGCGCCAGGCACACCCAAAGAUGCUGGAGAUGACCCCCGCCUCGACCCCGCCGACCCACGUCUUGACCAUAGAGGGCAUGAUGUGCCAGCAGUCCUGCGGUAGUACGGUAGCGAACGCGCUGCGCAACGUACCCGGCGUCAGUCGAGCGGAGGCGUCCUUCGCGGACCACAACGCGAGCGUCUGGGGCGAGGUGGACGUGGCUUUACUAAUUGAUGCGGUGGAAUGUGUGGGAUUUGGCGCCGAGGUUAGUCAGACAAAACCGGCGCCGCCCUCUACCGUAUCCCUGAAAAGUUCGCGGGAGUUCCGGGUGAACGGCAUGCGCACUUUGACAGACGCGCGGCGCGUCGAGCAGGCCGCGCUCAAGGCGGGCUGUGGUUCAGCGAAAGUGAACGUCAACGCCGGGCGGCUGCUCGCUUCCUCAGAUUGUAACGCGAGAGACGUCGAGCGGGCCGUGACCGCGGAAGGCUACGCGUGCGAGGCCGUCGACGUGACGAAUGACGGCGCCCUACUUUUGAAAGUGGAGGGCAUGUCCUGUGCUGCUUGCUCUUCGAAAGUCGAGCGCGCUUUAUCUGAAGUGCCGGGCGUGUUACGAGCGGAUGUGUCUGUGGCUACUCAUAGAGCACGAGUCGUUCUUAGUCAAGAAGGAGACCGCGCGGACUGCGUCGCCGCUGUUAAGAAAUGCGGCUUCCGCUGUUCACUCGCGACGCGGGACGAGUCGCCCGCCGCAGCGUCGCAACGGGAAGUGGCAGGCUGGUGGCGCAGCUUGAAAGUAGCACUCCUCCUCUCGAUCCCGAUCUUCGUGGCGAAGUGGGGUGGGAUGAUCGGUCCCGGACAGGAAUUUUGGCAUACAGGUAUAGGGUGCCACGGGAUGUUCACGAUCGAGGCCUUAGUCGCAAGUGUCUGCGGGUUAAGUGUCCAGAUCUUUGUGGGCGGGCGCUUCUACCGGAACGCCUACACGCAAUUCCGGAGUUGUUCUUGGGGUAUGGAUUCUCUGAUAGUUGUAGCUACGUCCACGGUCGUCACGUACUCCUUCUAUUCACUCAUAGACUGCUGUGUGUACGACGCGAACCACCAGCACUUACUGUUCGACACGGCGGCCAUGCUCUUAUUAUUCGUGACGCUGGGAAAGUUCCUGGAAAGCAGGGCGAAGCAGCGCACCGGCGACGCCGUCGAGGCGCUGCUGGCUUUACGGCCGGCCUCCGCUACUCUGUUACCUUCGUCGGAGUUGCGGGACGUCGCUACUAAAUUAUCAAGGCUCGAUGUCAAUGAGGACGCUUCAGCCUUAGAGCGGGACUUCCGAUCGCUGGCAGCUCAGUGCGUCGCGGGCGACGUCGAUGCGGACGCCUGCGAAGUUGGUGAUGUUGCUAGAGUAUCACAAGGAGAAGCCGUGCCCGCGGAUGGGGUUGUUAUUCUCGUCGAGGGCGGUGGCUCAGCGAGAUUAGACGAGUCGGCGCUGACCGGAGAGUCCAAACCCGCGAAACGGCCGCGCGGCGCCAAAGUUUUUGCGUCGUCAAAGAACAUGGGGAGGAGCUGCUAUAUCAGAAUCGAGGCCGUCGGCGGCGACGCGUGCGUCGCGCAGAUCGCUCGUUUAGUCGAAGACGCCCAACUGGACAAGGCGCCCAUACAAAAUUUUGCGGACCGCAUCGCGUCGGUCUUCGCGCCCUGUGUUGUGUUUCUGGGUCUUACAACGUUUAUGGCAUGGUACAUCGCCGCAGAGACAGGUAACGUCCCGGAGAGCUGGCUCGACGAGCGCGACACGUUUCUGUUUGCUUUGUUGUUUGGGGUUUCUGUCGUCGUCGUGGCGUGCCCCUGUGCGUUGGGUUUGGCGACGCCGACGGCGGUCAUGGUCGGCACCGGCGUCGGUGCCAAUCUAGGUGUUUUAGCGAAGGGCGGCGCGGCCCUGGAACACGCGGCGGCGUGCAAGGUCGUGGUGUUUGACAAGACCGGGACACUUACGCAAGGUAAGCCCCGCGUCGUCGGUUGUCAAGCGUACAAGAUGACCGAAGAUGAUUUGAUACGAGCGGCGGCCUCAUGCGAGCAGCACUCGUCGCACCCUUUAGCUGGCGCGUUGCGGAGAGCGGCGCAACAAAGAGGACUGAAGUUAUUGCGAGUAGACGACGCGAAGGAUGUUGAGGGACUAGGCGCGCAGGCCAAUGUGGGCGACCUCGGGGCGAGUGUGGCGGUGGGCUCGUCGCGGUUCUUGCGGGAGCUGGGCGUGGACGUGGUUGAGGAUGAAACGACCCAGAGAUGGCGCCAAGAAGCUGCCACGGUGGUCCACGUCGCGUUCGAUCGGCGCUUCGCCGGGUCCAUAGCUAUCGCGGACGCGCCGCGACCCGAAGCGUCUUUAGUGAUAGCGUGGCUCCACCGUCAGAGUAUAGACGUGUGGAUGUGCACGGGCGAUUCCUCGCAAACGGCGGACGCCGUCGCUCUACAAGUGGGCCUGUCGCGCAACCGCGUUAGAGCAGGGCAAUUACCGCGAGAUAAGCGCGAUUUGAUCACGGAACUCCAGAACGACGGUUUGGUGGUCUUUGUCGGUGAUGGUGUCAAUGACGCUCCUGCGUUAGCUCAAGCCGAUGUGGGAGUGGCGUUGGGUGCCGGGAGCGGCGUCGCGGUCGAGGCCGCGGACGUGGUUUUAGUUGGCGACGACUUGCGAGGUGUAUCGACGGCCUUAGAUUUGGCUAGACAUACAUACAACCGCAUCCGCCUGAACUUCGCCUGGGCGACGUGCUACAACCUGGUCUUGGUCCCGGCGGCGGCGGGGGCGUUCUAUCCCGCAACACGUCAAAGACUGCCGCCGGCCGCGGCGGCGGCCUGCAUGGUCUUCUCUUCGGUUAGUGUCGUGCUGUCUUCCUUGGCUUUGCGGCUCUAUGCGCCGCCUGACCUCUCUCAGAAGACGGGCGAGCGGCGGUGUAGGAGGUGGUUCGGGCGCGACGCGCCGUGCGACGAGGAGCGGGAGUCCUUCCUUGGGACGCCGAAAGGUGGGGACCUCGUCUAAGUGUAUCGCCUUGUGUCUC